AAAUCAAACACUGAUCGCUACUAGUAGGAUACGAAUCGAACCAAUUCAUCAUCGAAUCGAGUGAAAAAGAUGGCAGCAAAGCAAAUGGGAGAGAUACAGAGGAAAUUAACGGUGUUGGAGUACCCAAGAGCCAAUGCCCCUUCUCAGUCUCUCCUCUUUGCCGGCAUGGAGCGUUACUCCCUUCUCGAAUGGCUGUUCUUCAAGCUAUUAGGUGAUAAAUCCCCCUUUUCUCAACAAAAAUUACAUGGGGAUGCCAUGGAUCGGGACGAAGAAACCUCUCGCAUACAAUAUUUGGCCGAGAUUGCAAAGUUUCUCGGCAUAACGACCACCGUAGAUACUGAAGCUAUUCAAGGACGAGGAAGUUAUGAAGAACGGACAGAGAUGCUUCGUCUGAUUGUAGAUCUUGUUGAAGCUAGCAUUUAUGCUGAUAAUCCUGAGUGGAGCGUUGAUGAACAGGUAGCGAAGGACAUACAACUGAUAGAUUCUAUUGCCGAAAAACAAGCUCAAAUUUUCUCCGAGGAAUGCAAACUGUUCCCUGCUGAUGUGCAAAUUCAGUCCAUAUAUCCAUUGCCUGACAUAUCCGAUCUGGAGAAACAACUUGCUAGUCAGUCUAGUAGACUAUUGAGUCUACAAGAGAUGGUUGACGAUUUAGCAUCAAAGCAUUCAUAUAAUCCCGACGAGGAUUAUGCCGAAGUGGACAUGAAGCUGCGGACUCAUCUAGAAUCUUUCUUAGAAACUGCAAAAUCCUUCAAUACAAUUUACACCAAGGAAAUACGUCCGUGGACACAUAUGAUGGAGGUACCACAAUUGCAUGGCUUUGGACCAGCUGCAAAUCGCUUAUUAGAGGCAUACAAGAUGCUCUUAAAGUUCUUAGGGAACUUGAGAAACCUACGCGACUCGCAUGCUGCAGUGGCGGUUGGAUCAUCAGAAACAAUCUCUGGUCAGCCAUCUUCCGUGUCAAGGAUAAUAUCCGAGUGUGAAUCUGCUUUGACUUUCUUAAACCGUGAUCUUGGAAUCCUUUCGGCCUCUAUAGCUCGUGAUGAGGCCAAGAAAUCGACUCCAAAUAUUGACCAAAGUAAUAUGUAGAAGCAACAUCAAGACUUAAAAAAAGACAUUCAUUUUACUCUGCUAACAAAAAUGUUAAAAGAGAUAUAAUGUUAAAAGAUUCACCUACAGAUCCUUGUGUGUUAUUGGUCAUGAUUUUUAGUUGCCAUGAUUCUUUUUUCCUAUGGU